AUGGAUACCGAAAGAUUAGAACUAGCGGAAGACAUCGCACAGACUGGACACGAGAUCAAUUGGAAGGCAACAGGAAGGAAAGCUCCAUACGGUGACAACACAAAGAAGCGGAAGAUUAUGAAGGCCAUUGACAUCCUUCGGGAGAAAAAUCUAAUGCACAGGAGAUUGGAGAAAGGUAGAGUUAGCGAUAACUUUGCCUACUGCCUAAGCAAACAUUGGGAAAACAAAAAAAGAGCAAGAUCAGCAAAAAGAGACGCUUGGAUCAAGGAUAUACCGCCAACCGGAGGAAAAAGGAUCGCUAUGAAGAAGGUUGGGGGCAAGGGUUUUCGGUAG